CUCGCUAUCACUGAAGGUAGGCCAACAUUUCAUCAGUUCACCCUCAGCGCAGUUUAACAGUGACAAAACCACUGGCAAAGUGAUGGACCAAAUUUGGCUUCAUCUGCUUUUUCUUUCAGAAAGUACAAACACAACAGAGAAAAUGGUUUUGAUCAAGACCCAAAAGACAUGGACUGAGGCUCAGGAGUACUGCAGACAUCAUUAUACAGACCUGGCUACCAUUAGGAGUCAAGAAGACAAUGACCAGAUUACCAAGUUGCUAAAUGUCUGGAUGGCUCCGGUCUGGAUCGGAUUGUACAGAGACACUUGGAAGUGGUCAGAUCAGACCAAUAUCACUUCCUCAAUUCAACUCGCUACUCAAAGAUUUACUAAGUGGAAUGAAAAUUGUGCUGGUGCAGAUAAUUAUUAUCAUGUAUUUGAUGACAGACAUUGCACAAAUAUGCAUUACUUCUACUGCAACACUGUCAAGAGGAAGAGGCAGGUGAUCCGAGUGCAGGUGAAAGCUGCUGAGAACGUGGAUGAAGCUAAACUGAAGGCGUUCGUCUUAAACAAGGUGGAUUUUAUAAUACUCAUCUGA